AUGAGCCAGCCAACAGUUCUAAGCAAGGCCACCCCUCUGAGUCGGAAGACCUCUUCUCCGAGUGUCAACCCUAGGCAAGAGAUUGCGGGAAGAAACAUGGAUCCUGCGAAACUCGUCCUGAUGCUGGACACCAGCGGCGAGAACUUGAAGUAUCUGCCUCAAGAUUGCAUUCAAGGUCUUGUCACGCGGAAAGCCAUCGCAGAUGAACUGGGUCUACAGUCGAAUGAUCCCGAUAGCGAGUUUACUGAGUGGAUCCUCAAAGCUGCUCCAAAGCUCUUUCUGAUCACACUCAGUAGCCAGUUCGUUCGAGGUUCUGCUGAACUGCGCGAUUCCAUGCGCCUGUUCCAACUUCAUGGCUUCGACGAUAGCCAGCUUCCCUGGACAGAUUCCAGUGCCUUCCCCGAUGACAGCAUCAAGGGCCUCUGGGAGAGAUCAGAGAUGACCGAUUACUUUCCUCCCGCUCAAUGGAAACUACUAGCUCUCGUCAUGGAUUCCGGUACCUUUACAUACAAGAUACGGCCCGGGGAAAUCCUGCCCUUCACCCGAGUAUUGAGCGAAAGGCCAAAGGAGGGGGCUUUUGGUAAAGUCUAUCGUGUCAAGGUACAGCCAUCACACACCGAUUACUCUUUCGAAGAGAUUGCCAUCAAAGAGAUCCGGACCGAAAGUACCGUGCAAGAAAGUGCUUUGGAAAGAGCGUGGCUGGCUGAAGUUGGUGUCUUGAAGAUGGUCAAGAAACUCAAAAAUCGCCAUAUCAUUGAGUGCUUAGCUGCUAUUGAGAGGAGCGACAACCGCUACCUUCUCUUCCCAUGGGCUGAUGGCGGAAGCCUCAGAGAUUAUUGGGAAGCCAAGAGCCAUCAGAAACCGACGCAGCAUCUUGUGAAAGAAGCUGUUGUACAGAUCCGAGGUCUAGCCGUCGCUCUUCGUCAGCUGCAUUACUUCGGACUUGAUGACAGUUCAGAGGACGUACCCGACGACCUACCACACGUCAAAACGGAAAAUGUUGCCGAUGAGUACCUCUUGGAUGGAGCCGCAACUUCCAUCAGGCAUGGAGACUUGAAACCUGAGAACCUUCUAUGGUUUUCACAGAACCGUCAGGAUGCUGGAGAAGACCGAUGUCUCAAGAUUGCAGAUAUGGGGUUGGCGAAGCGGCACGUUGUUCGCACUCAAGACCGUUCCCGCUUGACCGCAACUACUUAUGGUACCAUUUUAUAUGAGGCGCCAGAGGCAGAGCCAGCUUUUGGUCAGCAGCCCAGAUCGCGCCUGUACGACAUUUGGUCCAUGGGAUGCAUCGUUGUCGAUAAUAUGGCCGAAUUCUUGGGAGAUCCAAGAUUCCCUGAAAAGGCAAUGAGAGAGAAUUCACGGGCCAUCAAGAUCCGCUAUUUCCAGGAUCUGUACCGAAGAUACUCUCAGCUUGAGUUCACGCACAUUCAGGACCGCCCAAUUGCAAUUGCUGGCCUAGAAAACCGGCUUCGCAAGGCAUACUGGACCAAAGGCGGAUUCGGCAUCUUUGACGACGGGCCCGGACACGGACUGUUCCAUCGAAGUCUCCUUUGGCAGCGCGGAGAAGAGGAGACUUCGUUGAAGCCAAUUGACUUCACGUCAAGCCCAGAGUCUGCUGCUCCCACUUGGUCUUGGAUGGCACAUGAAGGUGGAAUCGACUACCUCGACCCGCCCUUCCAGCAAAUGGAAUGGGAGCAGAACGAAAUAGAGCCGCCAUGGUCAGUCACCGGAGGUGGAAGUGAUGGGUACAAUCCUUCCCACUUGAAAGUCGUCGUGAGACCCUUUGACGUGGCUGGUGCCCCAGGACGCAAGACGGGAGAUAUUAGGUUCAUAUACGAUAAUCCCAAUCGCAGAGCCACCUCCGAUAGGCAAGGGCCUAUGUGUGUUGUAAUUGCUAAAGAAAAGCAAGACAAGCCGGCGGGAGAGAAGAGACACUACGUUCUAGUUGUUCUUAGCAUACCAGGUGCCACGGAGCAGGGCCAGAAGUUGUUCACUCGUUUAGGAGUUGGUUAUAUGCCUGGAAAGUGCAUUACAUUGGAAGGAACCGGUAACAGAGGCCUUGUUCGCUGA